AUGACUCUCAUCGUUAACUCUUCUGAUGAGAAUAAAAGAACAAGCAAAGAAGCUCCUCAGUUAUGUGCAUUAUUGAAAGAAACGAAAGAAGGAUUGGAUUUAGUGAGGAGCAAAGUGCAAGCUUUAACAUUGAAUGAUAUGGAAGGGAAACCUGAAGAUGUACGAGAAGUUGUUGGAGAUGAGAGUAGAGAAGCUAUUCAGUAUAGAGAAAAGAUGAUGAAACGUCCAAGACGUGAAGAUGACCCAAUUUUCACUCGUGUGCAACUUACAAAGACGGAGAAAAAACAAGGAAAGCAUUUGAAGAAGUCGAGAAACGGAUUGGUUGGGUUGGCGGAAGAUUUCUACAAUGAUGUUAGAAGUUUAUUACUUUUGAAGGAGGAUGGCGAUCAAGGUCCUUCAAGCUUCAGUAAUUCGAAAAGGGGAGGGAAAAAACCGUUUAAGCGUAGGGAAAUAAUCGUAUGA